GCUCGCAGAGCGGGUCUUGGUGCCUCUUCCGCGCACAAAGGCUCGCGCGCGUCCGGCGCCCGUGGCUAGGACCGAGACAAGCCUGCCUGCUCUGCAGGCUGGGAGCCGCGAGGAGUAAGGAGGCUCCCGCGCUCCCAGAGACAUCCCUCACCGCUCCGAGCUCCGGGACAUGGAACCGUGUCGACUCGGCGCCUGUGCGCUCGGGCCGCUGCCCACCCUCCUGGAUCUAUAGUGCGGGACGGCCCCGCUCCGGACGCAGCGCUUGCCGCCCGUGCCUAGUCGUCUCUCCGCUUUUGUGUCCCGGCCACGCGCCCUCUCUGCAGACCCGCUCCCGGCACCCUGGAGCCGCACGGGAGUGGGCGGUUCGAGCUGGGUCCGGCGCGGCGACCUGGAGCCCCGAGCCCGCCGCGCCGCCGCGCCCCGCGUGUGCGCUCCCGCCUCUCGCCCUGAGAGGUCCAAAGAGAACGCUCCUGGCUUCCGCGACCACUGGAGCUGCUCGGCGCGCCCCGGAGCUGCCUGCGGUUUCCCCCUUUUCUUCCUGGAGGAUUGGGGCUUCCGGCCCGCGCCCCGUCCCUCCGCCGCCCCGAGUGCGCGGGGCUGGAAGCGUUUUGGCCAUGGCUGCGAGGAGAGACUCCGUGUGGAAGUACUGCUGGGGAGUUUUGAUGGUUUUAUGCAGAAGUGCGAUUUCCAGAUCGAUAGUUUUAGAGCCCAUCUACUGGAAUUCCUCGAACUCCAAGUUUCUACCUGGACAAGGACUGGUACUAUACCCACAGAUAGGAGACAAAUUGGAUAUUAUUUGCCCCAAAGUGGACUCUAAAACUGUUGGCCAGUAUGAAUAUUAUAAAGUUUAUAUGGUUGAUAAAGACCAAGCAGACAGAUGCACUAUUAAGAAGGAAAACACGCCUCUCCUCAACUGUGCCAGACCAGACCAAGAUGUAAAAUUCACUAUCAAGUUUCAGGAGUUCAGCCCUAACCUCUGGGGUCUAGAAUUUCAGAAGAACAAAGAUUAUUACAUUAUAUCUACAUCAAAUGGGUCUUUGGAGGGCCUGGAUAACCAGGAGGGAGGGGUGUGCCAGACAAGAGCCAUGAAGAUCCUCAUGAAAGUUGGACAAGAUGCGAGUUCUGCUGGGUCAACCAGGCAUAAUGAUCCAACAAGACGUUCAGAACUAGAAGCUGGUACAAAUGGAAGAAGUUCAACAACAAGUCCCUUUGUCAAGCCAAAUCCAGGUUCUAGCACAGACGGCAGCAGCGCCGGACAUUCUGGGAACAAUAUCCUCGGUUCCGAAGUGGCCUUAUUUGCAGGGAUUGCUUCAGGAUGCAUCAUCUUCAUCAUCAUCAUUAUCACGCUGGUGGUCCUCUUGCUGAAGUACCGGAGAAGACACAGGAAGCACUCGCCGCAGCACACGGCCACGCUGUCCCUUAGCACGUUGGCCACACCCAAGCGCAGUGGCAACAACAAUGGCUCGGAGCCCAGUGACAUUAUCAUCCCAUUGAGGACUGCAGACAGUGUCUUCUGCCCCCACUAUGAGAAGGUCAGCGGGGAUUAUGGGCACCCCGUGUACAUAGUCCAGGAGAUGCCUCCCCAGAGUCCAGCAAACAUUUACUACAAGGUCUGAGACUUGGCAGUGCCUUCGCUUUCCCGGAGGAAACUUACUGUCCCGCUGCCACCAGCCCAUGGAGGGUUGGAUGACCCCUUGUGUCUCAAGUGGACCGAAGCACAGCGGGGGGAGGGAACACUCCUUCUCGGAAGAGCCCCGUUGAGUUGGACAGCUUACCUAGUCAGUAGCGUUUUGGCUGUGGUGAAUACAGAUGCUCACCGACAGCUGGAAGACUUGUGUAGAAGAUGCCCGUUAGGACUGUGGCGCUUGCCUGACACCUCUGAUCCUCGAAGCCAUGUGCCGCAGUCACUCAGGCCUACUCGAAGCCAAGGGAAGAGACAGAGUGGUUGGUGGACAAGAGAGCCUUGAGCAUCCUGGGUAGGUGCCCCGGGUGGGGAUGCCACACCUGGAAAUACCUCGGGUGUGCUCCUCGAUUGUCGCACAGACCUCUGGCUAAGUGGGGCUUGUAAAGAGCUCUCGCUUUUAGUCCUCACUGUUGCACACUCCUGUUAUCCAGGGCUCUGCCGUACUUCACAUGAGAUUUCCUCUCACACCACGUUCUGUAUCACUAAUCGAACAUUAAUGUUUGGGGUCUCCUGCUCCAACCAUUUGCAACAACAGCUACAAUUGAAUGGGUAAUAAUACAUUUAUAGAAAUUGUGUUUGCUAAGAAGGAGCCUUCCUGCCAGACACUAGACUGUCAGUGAGGAAGACUAGGAGUUGGUGGAAAGGAGUGGGCUAGGAGAAAGGGUUGUCUUGCAAACACAGGUCAACGCUGCUGCCUCUGAAACAGAAAGUUGGGAAACGGGAAAAAAAACAAUUAGGUAGCACAGCACUUUGGUUUCACUAAGAUUUUAAGAGGCAAAUAGGAGACACAACAACACACACAGCGGCUUGGCUACAUUUAAAGGAUUCACUCUUAUCAAAUAGUAAUGUGCAGGGAAAAAAUAGGCCCUCUUCACUGGGUGGAACAAAGGAGCAUUGAUGAUAGAGAAGCAGGCUUGGAGAGGGAAGGGAGAAAGCAGGCCGCAGAUGGGAGAUCCCACAGGACUGUUGUGGUACUGGCAAUAAGAUGUACAGCUCCGAAGCUGUAGGGAAGUCAGUCUGCUUUGGAUGAUGUUUAAAGCAGACUCAGCUGCUAUACUUAUCACAUUUUAUUAAACACAGGGAAAGCAUUUAGGAGAAUAGCAGAGAGCCAAAUCUGACCUAAAAGUUUAAAAGCCAAAGGUCAAACAGGCUGUAAUUUCAUCAUCAUUUACAUCAUUAAAUAAUUCUCAUAUAUUAAAGGUAGGUCAGAUUCCCCUGUCCCCCUAAUGCCCCUUCCCCAUCCCUCUUCCCCAAUUGAGCCUUAUGACACUUUGGUUUCUGGCGGUGCUGUCCAGGCUGCGGGGACCACGGUGCAGGUACUGAGCAAGGCUGCACACAGGUGCUCUGUGUCAAGGUGAAGCACAUAUGGCAAACCUCUUAGAGUCCUUAAGACGGAAAUAAAUUAUGAUGUCAAGGGGGGAAAGGAGGGUAGGACGUAUUUAUAAUAGGUGUAUAGAACACAAGGGAUAUAAAGUGAAAGAUUUUUACUAAUAUAUAUUUUAAGAUUGCACACAAUAUACACCAGAAGAUGUGAAAUUCGUUUGUGGCAAUUAAGUGGUCCCAACGCUCAGUGCUUUAAAAAAGAAAAAAAAAUUGGACAGCUUCUUCUGGAAAAACAACAUUGCUCCAAAAAUAACAAUAAUGAGAGCAAAUACAAAAAUAACCAAGUCCUCUGAAGGCAUCUCACGUAAGUGUAGACUAGGAAAUGCAAGCCCCAAAUACCAGGAAAUCGAUGUUACUGCAUCAUAUAUUUAACAAUGACAAGAUGUUCCGGCAUUUAUUUUCUGCGUUGUGUUUUCCCUUGCCUUAUGGCUGAAGUGUUCACUAGAAUCCACCAGGUCACAUCGAGAGGGGUUCAGCUUAAAGUUUGGCUUUAGCUCCCUCUUCCCACCCCCUCCCCCCAGCCCCUCUCCUUCGGGAAACAAAAUAAGUAAACAGGAAACCUACUUUUUAUGUGCUAUGCAAAAUAGACAUCUUUAACAUAGUCCUGUUACUAUGGUAACACUUUGCUUUCUGAAUUGGGAGGAAAAAAUGUAGCAACAGCAUUUUAAGGUUCUCGAACCUCCAGUGAAGACCUGCAAAAAUGAGUUGCAACAGAAAUUAUUCUUCUCUAUUUCCUGAACCUGAAAAUGAUGUUGGUCCAAAGUGUGUAUGUGUAUGUAUGAAUGGGUAUGUGGUAUACAUGUGUACAUAUAUGUAUAAUAUAUAUCUGCAAUAUAUAUUAUAUAUAUCUAUAUCAUAUUUCUGUGGAAGGUUGCCAUGGUGACCAGCCACAGUACAUAUGUAAUUCUUUCCAUCACCCCAACCUUCUCCUUUAUGUGCAUUCAUACAAGAAUUUCUUGUAAGCCAUCUAAAAUUACCUUUAGGAUGGGGGAGAGGGGCAAGACGGGGCAAAAUGGGAAAUAGUCUGAUUUUAAUGAAAUCAAAUGUGUGUAUCGUUGGUUGGCUACAUUUUGGUUAUAUUCUAAACUGUGAAAAAUCAGAUGAUGAAGAGUUACCUGCAACCAAUUGAAAAAUGUUCUGUGCGUCUGUUUUGUGUCUGGUGCAGAAUAUGACAAUCUACCAACUGUCCCUUUAUUUGAAGUUGGUUCAGCUUUGGAAAGUUACUGUAAAUGCCUUGCUUGUAUUAUCAUCCGUAGUCACCUGACUUUGGAAUUUGCACCAUAAUGUUUAAGUGAAGAUGCUGUAAAUAGGUUCAGAUUUUACUGUAUAUGGAUUUGGGGUGUUACAGUAGCCUUAUUCACCUUUUUAAUAAAAAUACACAUGCAAACAAGACAGAAAUGGCUUUUCUUACCCAGAUUGUGUACAUAGAGCAAUGUUGGUUUUUUAUAAAGUCUAAGCAAGAUGUUUUGUAUAAAAUCUGAAUUUUGCAAUGUAUUUAGCUACAGCUUGUUAAACGGCAGUGUCAUUCCCCUUUGCACUGUAAUGAGGAAAAAAAUGGUAUAAAAGGUUGCCAAAUUGCUGCAUAUUUGUGCCGUAAUUAUGUACCAUGAAUAUUUAUUUAAAAUUUCGUUGUCCAAUUUGUAAGUAACACAGUAUUAUGCUUGAGUUAUAAAUAUUUUUUUCUUUCUUUGUUUUAUUUUAAUAGCCUGUCAUAGGUUUCAAUUUGCUUUAGUUCCACAUUGCAGUUAGCCCCCAGAAAAUGAAAUCCGUGAAGUCAUAUUCCACGUCUGUUUCAAAUUGAAUUUGUUCUUAAAAAAAUAAAAUAUUUUUUCCUAUGGAAAAA